UAUAGCUAAAGAGAGAAAGAAGAAAGAGAAAGUUUAAACACAAAUUUUUUAUCACAAAACAGAGAAUCGAGAGACUCUUCUCUAUGCUUAACCUAUCAAACUCUUCUUUUCUAUAACAUAAAGAUUUUCACGUUUGAUAUUUGUUUUUGUUAUUGUUAGCGGCAAUGGUGACUGGUUGGCGACGAGCUUUUUGUACUUCAAUACCUAAAGAGAGAGAAACAACAACGGUGGUGACGGAUAAGCAGCAGCAGCAUUGUCAUAGCCAGAGCCCGAGUUUGAGUUCUAAAUUUGGGUUUUUUUCCAAUCCUUCCACGCCUAGGUUACAGUCUCAGCCAGUUUCGAGCCCGAGCAUGAGAUGCAAAACCAGUACUACGACGUCGGUUCCCAGCAGCCCCAGACUUCAAUGCAAAACCUCUACUGAUUCUAGUCCGAAGAAACCUAACAGCACCGGUCACAGUCCCAGAUUAUUCCGUUUCUCCGAUCCAUCUUCUCCCAAAUCUCCCUCCAGCUUCUCUUUUCUCAAAGCCACCCUACGUCUCUCCAAAAGUAGAUGUGGAAUCUGUUUACAGAGCGUGAAGACUGGACAGGGAACAGCAAUUUUCACGGCGGAGUGUUCUCAUAUAUUUCAUUUUCCUUGCAUAACCACUCACGUCAACAACAAGAACACCCUUUUAAUCUGUCCAGUUUGCAACUCUCACUGGAAACAACUCCCUCUUUUGUUUAACCAAGACGACAAAAACUACAACAACAGCAAACACCUUCACCAAGUAUCAAAAACCUUCAAAGUUUAUAACGACGACGAGCCUUUAACAUCUCCAAUCUCUCUAUCCCACUUCAAUCCCAUUCCCGAAUCCUCCGAAGAAGAAGAACAACUUCAGGACUUUCCAGGAUUCUAUGCCACCACCAUCGAUGUCGCCGCCGCCGCCGCCGCCUCUGCCUCUUCUACGUCCAACGUUCAUAUAGCUUUGUUGCCUGAGGCGGCUGUGGUUACGGUAGGUAGGAGUUACGAAACUUAUGCUAUGGUUUUGAAGGUUAAGGCGCCACCUUGUGUUGGAGCGCGUGCAAUGAGACGCGCUCCUAUCGAUUUAGUGACGGUUUUGGAUGUGAGUUUGAGCAUGGGAGGGUCCAAGCUUCAGAUGAUGAAACGGGCCAUGCGGUUGGUGAUUUCGAAUUUGAGUGCAUCAGAUCGUUUAUCCAUAGUUGCGUUUUCUACUACUUCUAAAAGGUUAUUGCCUUUACGGCGGAUGACAACCAAUGGACGGAGGUCCGCACGGAGAAUAGUGGACGCCAUUGGGACUACCGGUCAAGGAAUGACUGUAAGCGACGCGCUUAAAAAAGCAGCCAAAGUACUCGAAGAUCGACGCGAGAGAAAUCCCUUCUCUACGAUUCUGAUUCUGUCAGAAAGUAGCUCCUCUUCCAAUCAGGGCCGUUCAUUACCUGUCGUGUCUUCCACGCGCUUUUCACAGUCGGAUAUCCCCGUACAUUCCAUUGGUUUCAGUGACAACGGCGCGUCUAACCACGCCCCGUAUGAUGAGGCGUUUUCCAAAUUCAUUGGGGGAUUAUUAAGCGUGGUGGUCCAGGAUCUGAAGCUCCAACUGGGGUUCAUAUCCGGAUCGGGUCAUGCAGAGAUAACGGGUGUUUACUCUCUAACUGGCCGGCCCGCAUCUCUUGCAUUGGGGUCGGUUCGGGUUGGGGAUUUAUACUCAGAGGAGGAGAGAGAACUGUUAAUCGAAUUGAAAGUAGUCGGUUCAUCAAUCGGGUCUCACCAUGUGUUGUCCGUACGGUCUUCUUACAUAGACCCAUUAUCACAGGAAGUAUUCUGCUCUAAGGAGCAAUCCAUGUUGGCACCUAAACCGCAAGCCGUUAGAUCCUCGACCCCCAACAUCGCACGGUUGAGGAAUCUCCACAUCACCACUCGAGCCGUUGCCGAGUCCAGGAGAUUAAUCGAGAUUAACGACUUUUCCGGAGCUCACCACUUGUUGUCUUCGGCUCGAGCUUUAUUGAUGCAGAAGAGAACGGGCUCGGCUGAGGAGUACGUACGCGGCUUGGAAACCGAGCUAGCCGAGUUGCACAAGCGCAGACAGAUACAGGGUCAGAGGGCGAGAGUGAAUGGACAAACGGCGGAGGAGAAGCCGGAGCCGCUCACGCCGACAUCGGCUUGGAGAGCGGCUGAGAGAUUGGCUAAAGUGGCGAUUAUGAGGAAACAUAUGAACAGAGUCAGCGAUUUGCACGGCUUUGAAAAUGCAAGAUUUUAAUAUUGAUAUUAAAAAAUAUAUUUUUUGUUUCUAAAUAUUUGUACUACAAA